AUGGGAAUCUGGGAUGCGACACCUCAGCCGACGUAUUUCACCUGCACGCUCGCGCAGGCGAUACAAUUGAGGGCGCAGGAUGGCUGUCAGCAGCCGGCCUUUACGACUGUGCUGGACCUCCUCGAGAAACAGUCCAUCGUAUUGCCACAAGCCCUGGCCCUAGGUUUCGCGGACUUCACCUCGGGCAAUUCAGCAGCCUCAUGCAUCAUCACUUUCCAGCGACUUCAUGCCCUGUCCUACUACGCGGCUGAAACCUUGAAAGACCGGGUGGAACAGACCUCAAAGCCUGGCAACAUAGGAUUGCUCUGUGUCAGCGGAAUCGAGUACACGCUGACAUGGCUCGGCCUGGUGCGUCUGGGCUAUUCCGUGCUCUUCAUUGCCCCUCAGCUGGAGCCCAAAGCCAUUGAGAGUCUUUGUGACACGCUGCAGGUCAAGACCGUAUUUGUUCAUGGCAAAUUUCGUGAUCGCGUGUCCUCACUGUCGGGACAUCUCGACAUUCAGGAUGUUCCGGAAUACGACUCUGGCGUCGACUUGUCCACGUUCAACUUGCAGAGUAGCGAUGAGAAAGUACCAGAGGUGGCUUAUUACUGCCACACAUCAGGUACAUCGUCAGGCCAGCCCAAGCCCGUCCCACAGUACCACGAGGGCAUGAUCGCUGCCCUGCACCCAAUACACAGUGAAGACAGACACGCCACAUUCUCGACAACUCCGCUAUAUCACGGCGGAUUCCCAGACUGCUUCCGAGCAUGGAGCAGCGGCAGCAUGGUAUGGUUCUUCACUGAAGGCGCGGCGCCCAUCACUGGCCGCAACGUACACAAGGCAGUCCGGUUUGCCCAGGAAGCGACUGGCGGGCCUCUGAUCAAGUACUUCUCUUCCGUGCCGUACAUCUUGCAGCUGCUCGCCGAGGAAGAACGGGGUCUGGCGCUCCUGCGGGAAAUGGACAUUGUCGGCGUCGGCGGUGCAGCCCUCGCGACAAAGGCUGGCGACGACCUCGUUGCCGCGGGUGUCAACCUUGUGUCGCGCAUGGGAAGCGCCGAAUGCGGAUUUCUCAUGUCCUCGCAUCGCGACUUCGGCAAGGACAAGGAGUGGCAGUAUCUGCGAGCAGUGCAGGAUGUUCGACUUCUUCAAUUUGAACCGCAGGGUGACGGGUUGUCCGAGCUGGUCGUGAAGCCCUCGUGGCCAUGCCUGGUCAAGACGAACCGGGAUGACGGCUCCUAUGCGACCAGCGACUUGUUUGAACCGCAUCCCACGAUCGCCAAUGCCUGGCGCUACCACAGCCGUGCAGAUGCGCAGAUCACACUCGCCAACGGCAAGAAGUUUGAUCCGUCACCAGUGGAGGCUAGCAUUGUGGCAUCCAGCCGGAUGCUCGUGGAUGUUCUGGUCUUUGGAGGCGGUCGAGAGUACGCGGGCGCUCUCCUCUUUGUCAAAGACGGCGAGUCUGCGACUGACGAGGACAUCAUGAAUGAGCUGUGGCCAGUCAUCAGGGACUUGAAUGACGCGAGCCAGAGCCACACCCGGAUUUCCAAAGCCAUGCUUCGCGUGGUACGUGCCGGUUAUCGACCCCUGGAGAAGAGCAGCAAAGGGACUAUCAUCCGAUCACAUGCCGAGAAAACGUAUGCCCAGAGUAUAGAGGCGCUCUACUCUGGUUCAAACACAAGUGUUCAUAUCGGCGAUGGCGACAUUUCCACCAUUGUCGGGGAUUGUUUCUUUGAGGUCACUGGAAAACAACUCGAUCCCGAGAUCGACUUGUAUCAGCAAGGCGUUGACUCGAUCACCUGUGUCCAAGUACGCAAGAUUCUCGAGUGCCGAGUUCUAGGGCAGACGAAGAGCUUGCCAUUGAACAUCAUUUAUGAUCAAGGCACAAUCUUGGGUCUCGAAAGAUUCCUGAAGGAUGCCUCCUCAGAUGGCCAAGUCCACGGGGUCAAUGGCAAUGAUCACACCGGCGUGCAUCAGAGAAUGCGUGAUCUCGUCACCAAGUACAGCCGCCGCCUUGGGGGUUUCAAUGCCGAGAAGCAUCGAACACGCCAACUGAGGCCCAGGACUGUACUCCUGACAGGAGGAACCGGUUUCCUCGGGAGCCAUAUCUUGGAUCUGCUGAGCAGAGACCCGGACGUCCAGCGCGUAUACUGUCUUCUGCGGGCCGACACGGACGCGACCGCCCAUCAACGUGUAUCGCAGUCGUUAAACGAUCGAAAGCUCGCUCCCAUUACCGAAACGACUGCCUGUGUCUCAUCAAACCUGGGUGAUGGGAACCUGGGAUUGUCCCCCGAAGCAAAAGAGCUCCUGCGCAAGAACCCUCCCACGCAUAUAAUCCAUGCGGCUUGGGCUGUCAACUUUGCUCUCCGGCUUGACUCUUUCGAGUCACAGAUCGCAAGCACCGCCAAUCUGCUCAACUUUGCAGCAGAGUCUGGAGCCCACUUCACCUUUGUCAGUUCGACUGCCGCUGUCACCGAGUCGAGCGUCAGUCCUAUACCAGAGACUCUGUCGCAAGAUCCAGCGGACGCAUCACCGCUCGGGUAUUCGCAGUCGAAGUGGGUGGCUGAGCAUGUAUGUGCAGCAGCAGCUAGACAGGCACUCCAAUCUUCUAGUUUAGGACGCGCCGUUGGCGACUGUCCCGUUUCGGUUGUACGUGUUGGGCAGCUGUGCUCAAAUACCAUGGGUAUCUGGAACAUGUCCGAAGCAUAUCCGCUGAUGCUCUCGACGGCGCGGAUCACCGGAUGCCUGCCCAGGCUGGAGAAUGAAGUCCUCAACUGGCUGCCCGUGGAAGUCGCUGCACAGGCCGUGAUGGAGGCUUCGAUAGCACAGCGUGGUCAAGCCACCGACGACGUGCUUCACAUCCUCAACUCUAACGAGACACUGACAUGGACCCAACUGCUCGACUGGAUACAAAAAGAAAACAGGUCCCAGAGCGCAGAGCUUGAUCUAGUGGCGCCACGGCAGUGGCUCUCUCGUCUCGAUGAGGCGUUGCUGCAGCAUCCAGAGCACCCAUCCCAAGCCCUUCUUGGGCUGUGGAAGAGGGGAAUGUCUGGGGAGUCUCGACCAGAGCAUAAGGCGCCAUUGCAAUUCAGCAUGGAUGUGACAAAGGCUGCUCUGCCUGUCAUGGCCAACGUCGUUCCACUAGAUAAAAACAGGAUCGUGCGCACGUGGCGGUGGGUGCAACAGCAGAGGUCGUGAGUUGAAGAGGCGAGUCGCGGAAGAUUAGGCGGCUCAACUGCAUGAACAAAUUUUGCAUUUCUAUUACGUCUAUUCUUCACGCCUUUUGGGUAUUUUCAUUUCUUCAUUUUCA